CGGAAGUGGACCUAGGGACGCGCAUCCACGACCAACUACAAGCCUACACUCAAUGCGUAAGAGCGAAUGGUACAACUUCUCAAGAGCGGGAAUCACAGAGCAGCACCAAUCAAAACAUCGCAUCUCACAAACUACUACAUCCAGACCAGAACCAGAAGAGUCAACCGAAGAAUUUGAAGUAUCUUCAACCUCCAGCUCCUCCGCAGAACAAUGCACCUCAUCAAGCUCAAUGUCGUCUACAGAACAACCAUGGGGAUGUAAAAAACCUUCAUCGCACUUCUUCCACCUCAUCACUCGGCGUAGGUCCCACCAGUAGCAGUGCGAGCUGGCUCAACAAAGAGCAUCAAUCCGGAGCCUCUUCAAACGGUUCCGAGACCGACUCGGUGUCUUCCUACAACACACACGUAACCGUUCUAGGCGGAGGAGGUGCUCGUGGAGGCGCUGGGGCUGGAACAAUUGGACUUGGAGUUGGAGGAGUUCAAGUCUCUCAAAACAACAAGUCGUCUUCAGGUUCUGGCUCGUCUAAAAGUAAUGGAGGUAGUACAACAAUAACGUCAGGCUCAGGAGAAACCCUAAGCUGUAAGCAACAAGAACAGUCCUCCUUGUCUCCUCCCGAUAACAAACAGAAGUUGGGUGAUCUCCGACAAUUGCAAAAGAUGGCAGCCAAUGGACUCGUGCCGGGAGGUGCGGAAACACCGACUUUUGGCUCGAGGAGGCACUCCUUCGACUCACAAGAGAGCUAUCAACAGAGACAAGGAGUUCUUGGAGCUACACAAGCCCAACUACAAAAUAGUACUAGUGCCACUGCUGGAAGUUGUCAAGGUGGCAGAAUGGCUCCUCCUCAGCUAGUACCCAACAAGAAAAAGGGUAACAACGUUUUGCAGAAGCAUGACAGCAUUACGAGCUUGAGCAACACCAGCGUCUGCGGAGCAGCGGGAACGACUUCAAAUACCCCAGACAACACGCCGUCAGUCUGCGGACACUCAGCAAUAUCAGUCUCGGGAAGUGCUUUACUGGACGGUUCGGUUGUAAGUUUUGGCGCACAGAGACAAAAACCAUCAUUAACUUUCAGUGGUGACGUCAUGAGUGCAGCGUUGAUGAGCGGAGAAAAGGAGAAGCCAAGUCCUGGCGCUGUGACUAGUACAACAAGCGCUGGAGCAGGGAGUGGUUUUUUGUUUGGUGCAGCUCCUGGUUCUGGAGCUGCAUUCGCUGGAGCCGCGGGCACUACAACCAAAACAGGAGCAGAUACAACGAAGACUACAGAGACAUCAUCAAAAACUACUUACAUCUUCUACUGCAGCCACAGGUGGUCUGUUUGGUGGAGGAGUGUCAACCUCAACCGAAGGAGAUAAACCCUCUAGUACAGCCGGUGGUGGUCUGUUUGGUGGAUCGACAAGUACUGCCUCGUCUGGUGGUGGUCUGUUUGGUGGAUCAACUAGUACAGCUGGUACUGUCUCAGGCUCUGGAGGAGGACUCUUUGGCGCAGCAUCCACCAAGGAUGGAGGCGAAGAAAAAAUAGAUGAAAGUGCGAAGCCAGCUGCGACAACAGGAGGAUUGUUCCCUUCCACAGCAGCUGCAUCGUCAGAAGAUGGUACCAAAAAAGGUGAGGAAGCAAAGACUAGUAUUAAUAAAGAACAACCCGCAGCACCAACAGGUGGUCUUUUUGGAAGUACAACUACCCCAACGGCCACAACUACCACUCCAACCGGCGCCGCGACUACUCCCACCGAUGCAACAACCUCCAAUAAGCAAACCUUCGCAAAUCUGACAGACCUUGUUAGACACAAGAUGGCUCAGAUCUAUCAGAAGCACAAGCCAGAGAAGAUCGCUAAGGUUGACGAAUUGUUGAGAGGCAAGUACGCGACAAAACCUUUGGAACUGUAUCUGAAACUCUGCACUACGUAUAAGGAAACACCUGAAGACUUGGACACACAAUUCAAACAGCAGUCGACCGCAACUGCGGCGACGGGAGGAGUUGCGGCAGCCCCUGGUGCAGGUACUUUUUUUUUCUAUUGGACUUCUUGAGGGUUUAGCGUGGUAAUCAAUGUGGUUUACCAUGAUUUAAUCUUCUAGAAGUUGUACAAGCAUGUGCUAAAAAUGUAGUGAUUAUUAGAAAUCUAACUCUUCGACGCCUUCUAUCACUUUCUCGAACCUUCAUUAAAUCCAUCAAAACUACAUCAGCUGCUCCCGCCGCACCGACAGGUGGUCUUUUUGGAAGCGCUCCUGCAGCGCAGCAACCGCUACACCAAACGGGUGGCUUAUUUGGAAAUACAGCUGCAGCAGCUGCGCAACCUCAACAACAGCCACCACAACCAACCGCUGGCUUAUUCGGAGGUGGUAGCACGACGGCCACACAGCAACUACUUGGAGGAACCUCGCCAGCACCACAGCAAAGUGGAGGUCUGUUUGGAGGGGCUACUCCCGCUCCCACAGUUCCAGCGCAGCAAAUGACGCCUGAGGAACAGGUAAAAAUUGAAAUUUUUGUUCUAAAACUUGAUGUUGUUGAUGCGUGUUAGUUGUUACUUGAAGUUCAGGUGCAAGAACAAACUUGAUCAAAUUUCUAUAUGAUCUACGCAUCGCGAUCGCCAAAAAUUUCUACUAGAUGUAGCACUAUCAGCUGCCGCUAGUUAUAGCAAGAAUGCCUAUACGUAGAGCAUUUCCUAAGAUGGGCGCAGAUGGCUCGCAUGGAUUGCAAUGCAUUGCAUUCCGGCCGCCCGAUGGACAGACGUGGACGGACGGGAUGGAAGAGGCUCAGAGCGCGGCGCUGGGUUACGCCGAGCGCCAGGAAAUCCCAGACAGCGCGACGCGGCACAACGCACGCGCAGAGCUGCUGGACCUCGUAGAGAGGCACGAGACCAAAGUGCUCCCGGCCGUUUUCGUGUGGCCGUUGUGAUCGACGCUAUACAGUGGCGACACUCCAAAGGCAGACCCAAGCACUGACAACGAUGACGCCCGUGAGGUGGAGCCGACGAGGAAGGAGGCCAAGAGGGAAGCCCGCGCUACCAAGAUCAAGGAGCUAGGAGGGGCGGAGAGGCUGGCGGAGGCCGUGCCGAAGGGGCAGGGUGGCGCUCUCUUUAAGAAGCGAGCCGCUUGGGAACCAAUGUGGGCACCGUGGCCCAGCAUCGACGUGACAACGCUGGGAACCAACGAGGGGAGCUCCUUGACCCGUCUUCUUAAUCACGAGAGUGCGCGCAAGCUAGCAAAGCCCUGAGCAUCGAGACGGGCGCGCGCGAAGGCGAGGGACCUCAUCGAGGAGAGAGGGACGGCUUUCGGGGACGCUUUUAAUGACUUAGGCUGAGACGCUCCAACCGAUGGAGACGCCGACAAGUGGAGAGGUCCAGGCGGCAGCUCCUGGCGUCUGCGUGGCGAUGAAGUUAGGCAAGCAUAUAGAGGGAAUUAGAAAGGAGGCACAGCGCAGGCGGGCGCGCGCCUUGGUUCGGGUGUUGCCACUGCUGGGCGGCUUUCGUUCCCCCACUGACAUCCGCGGGCGCCAAGUGGGCAAGGCUUGGGGUCGCGCUGUUCAGUUCGCCGUAAGGCGCCGCCGCGCUGACCAGGAUGGGUGAGCGAAUAAACUGCAUGGAUGGCAUGGCCAGCAGGGGCGAAGGCGUGACCUUUUUAAAGGGGGGGCGCGCACUUCUCUGCUUGAACGCAGCGCCUCGCCUGACAAGGCCACAGGAGGGCCGUCGCCUUGCUUGUCUUGUUGUGUUCUGCCCGCUUGCGGAUAGGGGGGCCGUUUCUCGUAGGGGUGAGGCCGCGCGUGGACUCCCUUUCGGUUCGAGCUGGCUGCAGGGAGGACGCAGAGCGCCUGACGCCUGGCCGCGUUGGAGAUGCCUGCAAACAAACUAGCCUAGACGUUCGCAGCUAGAUAGAAGCUGGGCCCCUGAGUAAGUGCGCAAUGGUCGAUGGGCGUAAGUGCUUCAGAUGUUUGCUAGGUUAUGAAGUCCCCCAUUGCCUCCCGGGAUCGAUGGCAUUGCCAUGCUUGCGACCAGUGUGCUCGCAGUAUAUUGAUUCUUAUACUUUUUCGCUAUGGGCUUGCGUUAUAAGUGACAGGAAUGCAGUGGCGUCUGGCUUUCAGUCUAGCCUUGGCGUCCGGCUGGGUUUAAGCAGGCACGCGGCAAGUGCGCUAGUUCUCUUGUGUGCACAGGCUACGACGCGUAUGGUAUCUUCUAUGGCCCUCUGUGUUGCUGGCGUUGGGGAGGUGGUCUCUGGAGGGGGGUGCUCUGACUGUGGCCUGCGUAUGCUGCUCCCGGGUGUGAAUGCUUCGAGGCUGCUUGUGCCCAAGCUGUUGGAAGGUGGCUGGGACGCGACUAAAGUACGCGCGGACGAUGGCACCCGAGGGGCGCCCUGAAAAAAGACCUUAGUUCUAAAUAGUGCCAUCCAUUGCCAUGCAUGCAAUCCAUGCCGUGCAUUUUAGAAAUCCGGAAAAAGCGAAGCUCUCUAUUAUAGACACACCUCUCCUGGAACUUGAUCAUCUUCAGGCACGGCAAAUCUACCAGAAGUAUAGUGUUGCGAAGAUGGGAGAAAUACCAGGAAUCCUGCAGAAAUAUGCAGGCCAAUUACCAACACUUUUGCAGAAAUUGGUAAAGAAGUAUAAUGUUGCACCCGGUGAGUUCGGAAUUGGCGCCGUUUUUGGUGCUGCUGUUCUCGGUAGUGCUGCUGCUGGAGGAGCGCCAUCUCCGUUUGGGCAAGCGGGUGCAGCUGGAGCACCGUCUCCCUUUGGACAAGCUGCUCCGGCUGCUGGCACGGGCUUGUUUGGUGGGAACGCCGCGGCACAACCACAGCAGCCAGCGGCCCCAGGA